AUGGAAGCUCAAGGCAGAAGAACAAAUGUCGGUGAGAGGCCAUACAUGGGGAAAUCAAGGAAAGGUUGCAUGAGAGGGAAAGGUGGUCCUGAGAACGCCAUGUGUAACUAUAGAGGUGUAAGGCAAAGGACUUGGGGCAAAUGGGUGGCUGAGAUCCGAGAACCCAACCGAGGCAGCAGGCUCUGGCUUGGCACUUUCAAUACAUCUUUUGAAGCUGCACUGGCUUAUGAUGCAGCCGCUAGGAAACUGUAUGGUUCAUCAGCUAAACAAAACCUGCCUCAGCCUCAGCCUCAGCCUCAGCCUCAUGAUGAUGCUGAUCAUCAGCAGCUAAACUUUGUUUGUGUUGUGCAGUCAUCACCGGGUUCUAGUGGGAGUUCAUGUCAAAGUAGUGAAGAGAGGAUGGUGAGGAGAGAAAAGAACACCAAUGAGUUUGAAGGAUCAAGUUUUGGUGAUGAUGAUGGAGAGGAAGUCUUUAAUUGGCCUGAGUUUUCAUUGGAGAAUGACUUCUUGGAAAUGGGUGCUAUUAAUGUCUUGAUGGGUCAAGAGUUUAGGGACAAUUGGAAUGGAUGUGAAAUUGCAGGGAUUCAGAAUCAAUGGCUUUAG